AUGUCCGUCUGGAUCCCAAUAGUUGCAGUAACAGCGUUUUGGCUGUUGGUUGGAGCUGGUGGACCAUUCUUGGUGCCUAGUGGACCUAACAAAGGUAAUUUUUAUUUAUUUUUUUAAUUUUAGGAGAACCGAAUAUACUUAAUUAAACUUUUAAUAAAAAGCCACUAGAUUAUGGAGUUAAUAAAGAAAAACUAAUGGAAUGUAUAAUAUUCGAACCUGAAUUGAUAGCUACUUGGUUCACUUUAUUCGAUUUUUUAAAAUUUAAAUUAAAAUUUUUCUUUUCUAAAGUACUAUUUCAACUUUUUGACAUUUUUAGGUAUCAUUCAAACUAUGAUCGUACUGACAGCCGUCUGCUGCCAUCUAUUUUGGAUCAUCGUGUACAUGCAUCAGUUGAACCCACUGAUCGGCCCUCAAAUCCCAGUCAAAACGAUCUGGUGGAUCUCUCAACAAUGGGGAGACGCUGCAUCACUCAUUAAUUAG